AUGGAGGUUGGAUUCAUGGCGCAAAGUAUGACGAGCUAUGUAUCGUACAACGCAGAGUUCGAUAGCCUGUUGACUUCCGCCAACGGAACGAACAGCAUGGCUUCUCCUCCGCACAACCAGCGGUACGAGCGGCUACAUGGCAUCAACUUCCGCGAUCCUUCUCGCCCGCCUACGCACAGCUGCGCGCGCCCACGGCCUGCCAAUGGCUUCAUCUUAGCAGACGAGUCCGUCGGCCCUGAGCCCCAGCCCGCGGAAGGCGGACCGCGCAUCAGCCCAGGGCGAGCCAACCAGCUGGGUUUGGGGGGGCUGGCGAGGUUGCCGCGGACGGACGGUUCAAAGGCUCCAGCUUUCUUCCAGCAUAUUGGGUCCGAGAGAAGUGGCUUGUUGAUGGUUGUUGAGGCGUUUGGGCGCUAG